AUGGAGUUUACAGGCGCUAAAACCAUUUCUGAUUAUGCAGCGCCAACCAUAAGGUAUAUGCAAACAUAUGGUUAUUUGAAAAAGAAUAAUCUUGUUGGCGAUUUGAAAAAAGAUCUGAAAUUAAAUGCUGAACACAACGGGAAAAAAGGGCAGGAUCAUGUCUUACAAGGUGCUUUAACCACGAAUUUCGCAAAUGGGCGAGCGACAUUCUCAAACAUUAGUUUUCUACAAACUGGAACCAGUUUUAAACUUUCAGUAUCUUCUUCCGGCUCCCCCGACAUUACGCCCUGGACAUCCGAUUACAUAACUGUAACCGAAAGGCAGCUAUUUCUGCGAACCUCUGGUAGGAGGCUUCCCAUCAACGCCAGAGAAAACUACAUUUUAUCGCCUGCUGCCGGUGUUAUCAUCUACGAUGUUAUUAAUAAUACCCCGGCUGAUACGAAAUAUCUCGCAAAAUAUACGUGGAUCGGAUCUAUUGGAUUGUUGUAUGAAGACAUUUAUCCUGGCAAAAUCCUCGGAAAUACCUCACGGAUAUUCGAAGAUGGUUCAACUGAAAUAUUGUUUAGCGACAUAGUCUUGUCCAGUUGGGGCUAUUCUUACAUCUUCAAGAUCACAGUUCGAGCCAAAGAGACUGCUUAUUGGAAUCUCACACACUUCAUUGGUCCUUUCGACGUAGAUAUGCUGGACGUUUUUGAAUUACCUUUGAUUGAGUCAGAUGAAUUUCGUCCUCUGCAGAUACUUUUCGAUGGAGAAUUCAAGAAAGUUUCGAACGACCAGAGGAGGUUCGAAAUAUUUUUUCUCAAUCACUUUGGGAGAAAGUAUCCGAAAGUGAAAUGGAAGAAUCUCACAGUAUCAGAAGGCAGUGUAGUGGUGGAUUUCGUAAUUACGGGUUUGACAGAAGAUUUGGAUAAAACCUCAGAGGCACUGUCUAAUGACAUCAACAGCGGUAAAGCCGACAUCGAAUAUGUGAAAGGAACUGUCUGGAAAGCCAAAAGCGACUCAUUUCCAUCCAGGAAACUUCUUGAAAACACCAACGACGGUCAGAGUGACGAAGGGGGAGGAGGUUUGUCAGUGGCAUGGAUUGUCGCCAUAGUCAUCAAUGUAAUCCUCAUCGUAGUUUUUAUAUUCGCUAUCAUCUAUUGUUGGCACAGAAGGAAAAAACAAAACGAUUCCUCUCGCUCGGGAUCUGCCCUCCAGAACUUUGACGGCCAACCUGAAGCCAUGAUGUUCGCCAAUAAGGCCGAUAUCAAGAAGAAGAGCAUGGAGGAGAAGGCAGCCUUGAUGGACUCUGGCCAUAGGGGCACCAACAUCUUCACGAUCGAGAAUGGACGGAAACAUCUGGUCAAACACAAACACCAUGAGGAUGAUGACGAGAGAUGUAACUGUUAUUCUCCAGCCUGUUACUGUUCCGUGGGGGAUGGGAGGAAGACUGAUUCUCGACUGGGAAGAAGUGUUGAGGAUGAAAAUGUGGAUGAUCCUCAAGGUUAUCCAACUCCUUCUCCUCAGCCAACUUUUCCUACUCCUGAACGAACCCCGGAACCUGAAGAUUUCUGGAGGCCGGAUACUUACCAGCAAGAGGAAGAAGAGGAAGAAGAACCGUUUCAUGAUUCUCCUUUACCCGGUGCAAUACCUGAACCGGAACCAGAACCAGAGAAACCGAUUCAAGAACGAUAUUAUGUCUACCAAGUCUUGGAUUCGGAUGGCUCCAGAGAACUGAUUGGUAAUCUGUACCUGGAAGUGGACAGUUUUCUUGAUGAUGUUCGGAGAGCCAUCGACAGAGAUCGGAAUUUGUCGGAAGCCAUUCGGAGAAAAGAGUAUAAAUUCCUCGAUGAAAAUUUGGAUGAAGUACCCGCUUACGAAGAAAGUUCUUUAGACUUGGAUAGGAUAUUUCCGUCGCAAGAGAUUAAUAUUCAAUGUAUACAACCAGAACCCAAGAAGCCACCAGACUUAAAUGAAACAUCGAUUGCAAGGCAGUACUCCCGCACUAUUAUUUUAAGAAUUGGCCCUCUUGGGAUCUGCAGUGCAUCUGACUGCACUAAAGCAGCAAAAAUCAAGUGCCUAGAUUGUAGAAAUACCGCCUAUUGUUCCAAACGUUGCAUGAGAGAAGACAUCAAAGAACAUAAAAGAGUCUGUUACAAACCAGCUUGGAGACUAUGAUUGAUGAGAAAAGUCGUUUGGUGCUUUCCGGUUAUUUCUAUUUUGAAAAUGAAUUUUAUACCUCAAAGAAUUAUGAAUGUUAUAGAGAUGAUUUGCGAAGACAAAAUUUCAUAUAUCUCAAAUCAAUUUCAAAAAUACUUAAAUGUUUGUCGGGUUUUAAUUUAAUUUUAUGGACCACACUGAUGGACUGUUAAUGUGUUUUGGAGAAAUUAUCAAUGAGUUUGCUGGUGGAAAAGACAUUUCUAAUUUAUAUAUGACAUUCCAUGACAAGUUACUAUAGAAAUCUUUUUUUUUUCAAAUUUAAAAAUUACCAUAAUUCAGAAAAAAAAUAUUGAAGGAAAAAUAUUUUUCCUUGAAACUAAGCUUUUCAAUAAGAAAUAUUUUUGAAACUACAAUUGUAGUUUAUGGCUCGUGUGAAAUGAAUUUGGCACUUGUUAAAAUUCCCUGAUGAUACAAAUGAUUGAUCACAUUGUUUGCCGAUACA